GCAGGAAAAAGAAAUUAUUGAAAUAGAUCAAGUCCCCAAGAUUGGUUUGUGUUUCCUUCCCGCCUGGUACCUCGUCUCCACAUUAUCUUGUGAAUACUUAUUGACCUCACAUCCCCCUCCUCCCAACGAUCUUUCUGGAAAUUCCUCUCUCCACAUCUUGGCAUUGAUUUGAUUUUCUCUAUUUCAUCAUCCUUCUCUCUGAAAAGUGGUUCUUCAUAUCGAACGGUUCAUCUUUCGUUUGGAUCUUCGCUUUCAUAUAUCUCGACUCCCUCACAUUCGCUUUGCGUUUUUGCAUCGUUUCGUACUUGAAGUCCGGUACUUGUACUUUUGUGCUCUAAUCAGCUCAUCUCCUCGCAUACCACACACACACACACAUAUCACACAUUUCAAAAUGCGUUCCUCAACAAUAUCAGCAUCUGCUGUUGUUCUCCUUUCAGGACUGGCCAGUGCACAAACAUUCACCGAUUGCAACCCAACAGAAAAGUCCUGUCCUGCAGACCCAGCCAUUGGAGGCCUUCAAGUGACCGACUUUACCGCUGGAAAGAGUGACUAUUGGGAAGUCGAAGAUGGAACCACCAUGACAUAUGACGGCACCCUCGGUGCGCAAUUCGUCAUCAGCACCGCCACCAAUGCACCCACCAUCAAAAACAUCGGAUACAUCAUGUUUGGCCGUAUCGAAACAUGGGUGAGAGCAUCCGCCGGAACGGGUAUCGUCAGUAGUUUUAUUCUCGAAUCCGACGAUCUCGAUGAAAUCGAUUGGGAAUGGCUCGGAUCCAACAACGCCGCAGCCGAGAACAACUUUUUCGGAAAGGGAAACACCACGACCUACGACCGUGCCCAAUACCCAGCAGUCGCUACCCCCAUCGACACCUUCCACAACUACACCAUUGACUGGACCGCCGAGUCCACCAUCUGGUACAUCGACGGCGUCGCCGUGCGCACGCUCCUCUACAACGACGCGCAAACCAUCGGCGGAAAAAACUACCCCCAAACCCCCAUGCUAGUCAAGAUGGGAAGCUGGAUCGGCUGUGCCAGCGAAGCCGCCGUGACGGAUCCCGCCACCGCAGGAACCUGCUCCUGGGCCGGCGGAGCCGUCGAUCUCACUAAAGGUCCUUUCACCAUGUACGUCAAGAACGUCACGAUCCAAGACUAUGGAUGCGCGACCGAAUACACCUACGGCGAUUUGACCGGUGCCUACACCUCUAUCAAAGCCACCGGCGGCUGCAACGCCGACGGAUCGGCUUCGUCCAAAUCGACAUCCCCAUCCUCAUCCUCGUCCGCAUCCUCCGCUGCAUCAGGAAGCUCAUCAUCCGCCGGCGCCAAAUCCUCAAGCGGCAGCUCCACCCUCAGCACCGUAACCGGCACCUCAAGCGGCAUCGCCGUCGGAAGCGCAACCGGCACCGCGACUCUUUCCGCCGGCGUAAAAGCCACCGCAGCCGCCGUGUCAGGAAGCACAACCGGUUCUUCGACCCUCGCCCAAGUAACCACCACUUCGGACGCAAACUCGCUCAAGAAACCCAAGCACGAAUACGGAAUGCUUGAUCUUGGGGUUAUGGUUUUGGGUCUCGGAUUGGGUUAUCUCGUUAUGUAAACGAGAUGGUUUUUUCCUGGAGAGAGGGGAGUUCCUUCCUCUCGGUUUGCGCGCGGAUGAGUGCGAAGAGAUGUGUACAGUAUGAAUUGAACUAGACGUAUGAUUCUCCGACUGGUAUAUGUAUUAGGCGCGAAUGGAUUUUUUUUCGGGGCAGGCGGAUGUUAUCACUUUAAGCAUGCAUAGGUUAUGAUGGACAGUUUUCUGUCGAUGAUGAUAUACCCACAUGAAGAUUUUGGAGAUGUUGAAUUUUCCGUUCAGCACGGUUUAGUUGCCACAUGGUUUAGAGAAGACAAUAGACAGACGAGUGAGAGAGGUUUAGCAUAGUAUUGCAUUGCAUAUGGACAUUGCAUUCUGGAAGGAAGGAUGAUGGGAUGGGAGUUUUUUGAUACUGGGGUUUAUACCAUUCAGCGUGUGUUUGAUUGUUGAUUUAUUUAUCGAAUUCGCUAUACUGCAGUUUAAUGAUUGAUAGAGGAGAGGAAUAAAAGAUUCAUAUUUUUAUAU